UUUUAGGAGCUCAGACACAAAGAGUUAUUCAUCAUGUUUAUUGCUGUGCGCACUGAUGGCUUGCAGCGCAGACGGUGCGCAGAUCCACCAGCCGCUUUCUGCGCGGCUGAACAUCCCACCCCUCCUCCUCUUUCUUCUUAACGGCCGCAACCAUCUGCCGCCUCUUUUUCUAAUUUCUAACCCAGCAGAUUAUUUCCCUCAGACGUCUACUUGCACUUGACACGACCCAAACAUCGCUCCCCUCACGGAGAGCAGCUGCGCAAAGGAGCGGGAACAGAGGCAGCCCGCACCGCGCAGGAGGACCGGGGUGCCGCGUACCUGCAACCCGACAGCGGAGGUUCAUAAAGACGGAGCGGAUUUGAAUUAAGGACCGGAUAACAAGCAGCAACUCUGCAACCUUCGCUUAGGGAGGGAGGGAGAGCGGGAGGCAACUGUUUAGCAGAUCUUGGAAACCCUGCGUGAGGUGAGGGGAAGGAGGGAGGAGAAUGAGCUAUUCUUGUACCAGCAGAGGCAAUAGCCAGGACCCAUCAAACGCUAAUCCAGCCAGAACCACCGGAGGCACCGACGGCGGCACGGACAGCACCGGCAACGGCAGCCCGAAGCAAACGGCGGUGAUGAAAGUGAAGAAAGGCUGCAACUCGGCCGAGGUGGAGGUCCCGGUGACCACGGAGGAGGAGCUGCUGGGGAGGACGGUGAUCACUCCGGAGGAUGUUCUGGGCUUGCAGAAGAUCACAGAGCAUUAUCUUUGCAGCCCAGACGAGAAUGUUUUCAACAUCGACUUCACAAGGUUCAAGAUCAGAGACAUGGAGACGAGCACAGUGCUGUUUGAAAUCACCAAACCUCCGUCCACAGAUAAGUCAGGAGAGAAGAGGGAUAUCGACCUGAACGCCGGCCGUUUUGUUCGUUACCAGUUCACCCCUGCUUUCCUCCGACUGCGGCAGGUUGGAGCCACCGUCGAGUUUACAGUCGGUGACAUGCCGAUAGAAAACUUCCGGAUGAUUGAGAGACAUUAUUUCAGGGAGAAGCUGCUCAAGAGUUUCGACUUUGAGUUUGGCUUCUGUAUGCCCAGCAGCAAGAACACCUGUGAGCACAUCUACGAAUUCCCACCUCUGUCAGAGGACACCAUCAGAGAGAUGGUCCUGCACCCCUACGAGACGCAGUCUGACAGCUUCUACUUUGUGGACAAUAAGCUGGUGAUGCACAACAAGGCAGACUACUCAUACAACGGCGGGACAUAGAGACGGCGCCUUCGCCGCAGGAGACAGGUGGCUUAAUGGACCGACCUGUGGGACAGCCAGAGGACAGCGUUGGCUUCAACUUCCUGUCUUUCUUUUGCUCUGUUUGUCUUUCUCCUGUUGAGACGACUCCAUUCAGCAGCAGAUGGGUUUGUGAUAAUCUGAGAGUGUGUUUGUGUGUAAGAAGCUGCAUACACACAAACACACACAUGGACACAGACACAAAGUGUGUUUGUAACAUAAUAAACCAGCAGAAAAGCGAUGCUUACAUUUCAGAUGGUUUUUAGCCACGUCAUAAAAAAAAAGUUUUCAAAUAAUAAUAGAAACUAUUUUUUUUAUUCAGGUAGAUAAUGGUAGGAAUCAUAGAGCCUUGUAAAAGUAUUCAUAACUCUUGACUUUUUUCUGAUUUCAUCACAAAAUAAAUUUUCCAGAAGUUAUUGCAAUAAAUGAUAAUAUUUU